CCCCGCCCAUGGGCCGCCGGCCCCCGCCGCCCGCCCCGAGGACCGCGCCGAGGCGGGGAGCCGCCUGAAGGACCGCGCCGGCCGCGCCCGCAGGUCACCGCGUGUCAGCAUGGCGGCCGCAAACCUGGAGAACCAGCUGCACAGCGCGCAGAAGAACCUGCUGUUCCUGCAGCGGGAGCACGCGGGCACGCUCAAGGGCCUGCACGCCGAGAUCCGGCGGCUGCAGCAGCACUGCACAGAUUUAACGUACGAGCUGACCCUCAAAAGUUCGGAACAGACAGGGGACGGACGCAGCAGCAGCGAGCUGCAGAGACGCUGCGAGGACCUGGAGGCCCAGCUGCGGGCGAAGGAGCAGGAGCACGAGGAGCUGCUGCGCGAGCUGGAGCAGAGGAACGCGGCCAUCGCCGUGCUGGAGACCACCGUGCGGGAGCGCGAGAAGCGGUACCUGGAGGAGCUGAAGCUCAAGAGCCACAAGCUGAGCCUGCUGUCGGGGGAGCUGGAGCAGCGCGCGGGCACCAUCGCCUACCUGACCUCGCAGCUGCACGCCACCAAGCGCAAGCUGCUCAGCUCCAGCGGGACCUCGGACGGCAGCCCCGGCGGGAGCCCCGUGCUGGCCGGCUACAAGCCCGCGCCCCCCAGGGACAAGCUGCCCGACACGCCCCGCCGCCGCAUGAAGAAGAGCCUCUCCGCCCCCCUGCACCCCGAGUUUGACGAGGUCUACAGAUUCGGGGCCGAGAGCCGCAAACUCCUCCUGCGGGAACCGGUGGACGCCAUGCCCGACCCCACCCCGUUCCUGCUGGCCAGGGAGUCGGCCGAGGUCCACCUCAUCAAGGAGAGGCCCCUGGUCAUCCCCCCCAUCGCGUCCGACCGCCCCUCCGGCGAGAAGCACAAGGUGCACGUGGGCGUGGCCCACCGCAUCCACCACGUGGCCCCGCCGCAGGCGCAGCCCGAGGUGGAGACGCUGGCGGUGGACCAGGUGCGCGGGGGCGCGGCCGUCAGGAAGAACUCGGGGACGGACAGAACUGUGUGAGGCUGCCCGCCACCGCUGGCCACACUGUGAUCGCCGCUCCGAACGUCCACCCACGCCGUUUUGUUUAGUUUCCACGCAUGCCACACUCCUCAGACCCGCCACCAGACUUCCCCACCACCGGCUGUCACACCCACGUGCCCGUGUCCCGCUGCAGCUCCCGUUGUAGCCGCUGUGCCCAACGCCUGUGCCGCAUGGCCUGCUUCCCGCCCACCCCGUGUCCCCGCGCGUGGACAGCGGCCCGCAGGCUGCACGCUGCUCGGUGUCAACGCGGUCAGAUAGCCACUCCCAUGGAGACCCCGACAGCCUCUCCCGGGCCCUGGCGGCAGGCGUAUGUGUAUGUCACGGGAACUAAAUAAGAUGACGUUGCUUCUCAUAUCACCACUACCUGAAUGUGUGUUCAUAUUUUUUGUUAGUUUUAUCCAAAAUGUUCAAGAUCCCAACAAACUUUAUUUUCUAAACCUGC